AUGCGGCAUAUUGCGUCGACGCAUAUCCUCAAGACGCUGGCGCUCAGCGAGACCCGCGGGAUCGCGCGCACACACACGGCGCCGAUCCACUGGCUCUCGCUCGACAGCAUCGAUAGCCGCUACCUGCUCUCAGGCGGGGCCGACCGCUCAGUGCAUCUCCUGGACCUUGACGCAAAUGGCGACACAAAGCACAUGAUAAAAUCAAUGGCACAGGCAGCAUGCCACGACAGCGCGGUAUCCUGCGUAAGCUGGUAUGCAGUGGACACGGGCAUGUUUGCGACCAGCUCAUAUGACGGCACGGUGAAGGUCUGGGACACAAAUGCAAUGGCGGUGGCGGCCUCAUUCGACCUCAAUGCCCGUGUUGAAAUGCAUGCAAUGUCGCCGACUGGCGCCCAUGCGCUGAUUGCCGCAGCCACGCAGGCAAAGAGCCUCAGACUGGGCGAUCUGCGCACUGGCGCGUUUGCGCAGGAACUGGAUAUCCCUAUGCAGAUGUGCGUGGCGUGGUCGCCCAGGGAUCCGUUUGUCUUGGCGUCGGGCGGGCAGGACGGCAGAGUGCAUUUGUGGGACGUGCGUCGCGCCGAUACGCACGUGAGCGACUUUGCUGCCCACACAAAGUGCGUCAAUUCGCUGCUGUUCGCCGAGCAUGGCGCGCAGAUCGCCAGUUUCGGGCUGGACGAUAAGGUCAGCGUCUGGAAUGUGCAGGACACUGCGCAGCAGGCUGUGCAGAUGUGCAGGACCAGCUCGCAGACCGACGGCUCGGAUCUGCUGUUUGUGCCGUGCGAGGACCGUGUUGUGCGAGUGGUGGAUCUGGCUGAGGGCCGGAUCGUUGCCGAGCUCCACGGACACUUUGACCACCCCACAUGCACAGCCUGGCGCACUGGGCGCAUGGAGCUGUACUCGGGUGGCAGCGACAGCAGCGUGCUUGUCUGGACGCCUGCAGCGAGCCAGCGCCUGAGCGCCGCGCAGCAGGCCAAGCGGCAGGACACAUGGUCAGACUCGGAUUAG